AUGGUUUUUAAAUUCAACGCAAAUAAAUCCUACAAAGAUUUGGAAAAUAAAAUCAAGGAAUUAGAACAAAGUAAAAGGAAAUCCGACGAAGAAAAUCAAUUGUUACUCUCCUUUUUACUUAAUGAAUUAGGUAUUAAUUUUAAUGAUUUAGAUAAUUUAAGAGAAUUAUUAGCAGGACAGAAAAUUACCGAGAUUUUAGCCAAAUUUGAAAACAUAAGGCAAGAAAAUUUGAAUUUAACAGCAAAAAUAGAGAAAUUUUCAAAUUUAAAUUCUCAAUUCAAAUAUUUGGAACGAAAGUUUAACGAGCAUGAAGAAAAAGCUAAAGCCAAACAAAAAACGAUCAUUAAAGUCCGAGAAGAACAAACCAAAGAGACUAUCAAAAUUUUUGAAGAAACCAUUAAAGAGCAAAAAGAAUCUAAAGCUCAGCAAGAAACUAUCAAUGCUUUGAAAGAAAAG